CUGAUCCCGCCCCUUUCCCCGCCCUGGCUCCUCCCCCAUUUCCUCCUGAACGUUCUGACCACGCCCUCUCUGGCGUUGGUUUCCGGGUCGGUCGCCCCACGCACGGCUCCCGGGCCGUAAAGUGAGGCCAGCGGGGAGCGAAGGAGGGGCAGUGCCCGGGAUGCUGGAGGAACUGCAGGGGGCAGACGAGGAUGGAAGCCCCCUGGAGGCCGGGCAGGGGGCAGGCGAGGAGGGGAGCCCCCUACCUGGCGCCCCGGACCCCCCCCAGGGUAAGAAGAUCAUGCCGGGCAUCGUGUACCUAGGGCACAUCCCGCCCCGCUUCCGGCCCCGGCACGUCCGAAACCUGCUCAGCGUCCACGGGGAGGUCGGACGCAUCUUCCUGCAGCCCGAGGAGCGGUUCGUCCGGCAGAGGAAGAAGAAAGCUGGCGCCAAGGCCAAGAACUACACUGAGGGCUGGGUGGAGUUCAGGGACAAGCGCGUGGCGAAGCUCGUGGCCGCCAGUCUGCACAACACGCCCAUGGGCACCCGCCGGCGCAGCCGCUUCCACUACGACCUGUGGAACAUCAAGUACCUGCACCGGUUCAGGUGGCCGCACCUGAGCGAGCGCCUGGCCUACGAGCGGCAGGUCCGGCAGCAGCGCCUGCGGGCCGAGAUCUCCCAGGCCAAGCGAGAGACCGGCUUCUACCUGCGCAGCGUGGAGACCAGCCAGCGCUUCGCCCGCCGGGCCGCCGCCGCCCCUGCCGGUGCCGAGGAGAAGAGCUGGGGCUUCGUCCAGCGCCCCACGGAGGAGGAGAUCCAGCGGCGCAAGGCAGGCGCGGGCGGGCGCCGGCUCCGUGGGCAGCUGGCCAAGGCCCGGGAGAUCCAGUUGAAAUCCCAGACCAGCCGCUCCUUGCUGGCCAAGAUCUUCAAUGCCGCGGACGCUGCCUCGGAGGAGGCACCAGGGGGGCCGGAUCUGUAGUGAGAACCCCGGGCGCUGGGGGGCGCUGUGCUCCGGGGAGUGGGGCAGGGGGCUGGGCCGGGGACGCUCUCCCCUGGCAGUCAAGGCUGGACACUGCUGGCCGCCGUGCGGUAGGAAAUGGGGUCGG